AUGUUUCGAAACGUGAUUAGCCGAGCCAAAGUGACCCAGAUCGGCUCGAUCCGAUCCAUCCACACCCCCGCCAAGCUUUCACGAGAGUCCAAGUACGCCCAGAACGGCCUGGAGGGUCUGUACUCCAAAAACGGCUUCAACACCGCUUGGACCGACUACCAGCGGUUCCUGGUGUCCAAGCUCACUGACCUGACCGUCGACACUCCUCUGCAAUCGCGAUCCCCUUUUGAUAUUUUGCGAUUCACUGCCGCCGACCGAGAUCAGGCUGCUACAUUCAACUUUGCCUCUCAAGCCUUCAACAACCACUUUUUCUUCGAGGCUCUGGCCGAGAAGCCCGUGGCCCAGACCACAGCGCCGACAGACUACCUGCGUUCUCGACUGGAGGACAAGUUCGAGUCCAUGGAGCGAGCCCGAGAGAACUUUUUGGCUACCGCCGACGAGAUGACCGGAAACGGAUGGGUCUUCCUCUACGAGGGAGGAGACAAGAACAUGUACAUUUCGGCUCACCACAACGCAGGAUCUCCCUUUUCGUUCCAGCGAUUCCAGCAUCAAGAAUUCAACUUCCCCGCCUCCGAGGAGGUCAAGCGGGACCAGCAAAACAUUGAGGCUGCUGUGCGAAAGGGCCUCAAGGAGUCCAUCCUGCCUCUGCUGGCCGUCAAUGUGUGGCAGCAAGCCUACGUGGACGACUACGGAGUCAACGGCAAGUACAAUUACUUGGAGAACUAUUGGGAGUGUAUUAACUGGGAUGUUGUCAACGCUAGACUGUUUGUUGGUGCCCAGUAA